AUGAUUCACGGUCCAAAUUCCCCUUUUUCAGGAGCUUUUACUAUUGGUAAACGAUAUGAAUGUAUAAUCUUUCUCUAUUCCUUAGCUGCCAUUUACUAAACUAAUCCAAACCCAGGGUAAUGUAUGCUAUUGACAUAGUCCAAAUCACUACUCUAUUAAUCCAAUUGAUAAACCCAUAGGGUUCAGAUUUUCAAAAUCGAAUAGAAAACCCUUAUAUUAACCUAGUAUUGCCCCAGAUCCAGGAGCGUACGAUCUGAAAUUUUAAGUCUUUAAAAAUAUAACUUAAUUAGACAAUCUCCUAAAAUUCACCUUCAGCUGUAUUUACAACAGCUAAAGAUCACUAGAAAAGAGGUUUAGAAAUUGGUCCUGGAUCUUAUAAUUGGACAGAUUAAAAAAAAGCUCCAGCAUUUACAUUUCAAAGCAAAUUCGAUUCUAUUGGUAAUCAGAUACUUUCAAAUCCUGGCCCAGGAACUUAUGACAUUAAACAUUACCAUACACAUUAACCCUAAAAUAAGGGAUUAUCAACAAGUUAGAGGGCUAAUCAGUUAACAUCAAGUACUCCAGGACCAGGAUAGUACGACGUUGAAAUACCUAAAUUCUCAACCAACAUUAAGUAUAAUUUAAUUUCUAACAGAUUUCCAAAAUCUUAGAGAAGUUUAGAAUAAAGUUAAAUUGGGCCUGGCCCAGGAGCAUUUGAUUUGGCAUUGCCCAAACAAUAAGGCAUAACAUUUGGAGUCAAAGGGAAUCAAAAAAUUGAAAAAUAAAAUGUUCCUGGCCCUGGUAGUUACAAAUUAAAAUCAUUUGUUGAAUAUGAUGAAAGAGAUUUAAAAUAAAAUAAAGUAAAAGGAGUUAAGUAUAGAUAAUUUACUCAAAACUAGAAUUGGUACUUCGGAAAGAAGUAGUUAAAAUUUUCUCAAGUUUGGACCAUCUCCUUUAGAUUAUGAUGUGUCCAAAUAUAAAUAUCCUACUAAACAUGCUAGGUAAAAGGAUAUAAUAUAAUUUUAGUUUCGGAAGUGCAGUCAGAUAAUCAAUUGUUCCAAAUGAGAAUACUCCUGGCCCUGGAUCAUAUAUGGUUGAUUCAAAACUUCGACCUAAUGGACCUAUCAUACCAAAAGCAUCAAAAGAUUUUAGCUCAUUAGAUAAUGCUCCUGUAUUUUGUAAAAUUAACAUUCUAGGGUCCUGGAAAGUACAAUCCUAACACAUCAAUUUCAUUAAAUAAAGGACCUAGCUAUCACAUUGCUGGCAAAUAUGAAAAACCAUUAGAAAGCAGUUUGGUUGGACCUGGAAGAUAUAAUAUUUCAAGGAAUAUCAAUGAUGGUCCUAAAUAUACAUUUCCAACCUUAGAAAAAAGUAUGGACAACAAAUCUUUAGAUAUAAAUUAGUAAUUUACUUAGUUAAUAAAAAAUAGAUCCCAUUGUUAUGAAAUCUAAUAAACCAUUGGAUAUAUACCUCCGUACAACUUACAUAAUUGAAUAAAAUCAAAAC